AGCCUCCCCACAACCAGCCAUACCUAAAAUAACGUACUUGAAUGUUUCAAAUAAAAAUAGUGCUGACGUUGCUCCUGGUUGGAGCCUUUGCAACUGCCAACCCUCAAGCAGAUGCCCAUAACGGUCAUCUGUACGCUCGAAACUGUCUUGAAGACCAGAUUGUCAAGUCUGAGCAGCACUUGUUUGCUCGUGAUACGCAGCAUGCCGAGUUUGGAUACGAAGGUAAUCUUGGUCCUACAUUUUGGGCAGCUCUUGAUCCUUCGUACACGACAUGCUCGACUGGAAAACAUCAAUCUCCAAUUAAUUUCGAGGAUAGAAGCAUGCUUCAGAACCCACCCCAUAAACUUACUUUGAAGCAGUCGCUCAAUAGUCUCUCAGUGGUAAAUACUGGUCAUACAGUACAGUUCAAUGUUCCUGCUGGUUCCGGGUUUUCUCUCUUGGUUGGUAACCAGCCAAAUGUUCCCCAAAACGUAUAUAACCUUGCGCAAUUUCACGUCCAUCUUCCGUCAGAGCACCACAAAGGAAAGCGACAAUAUGAGCUAGAAGUCCACUUUGUGUAUACCUCUCCUAGUGGUCAACUUGCAGUACAGGGUUUUUGGUUUACUUUGUCACAAACCGGAUCAAGCAGCAGCUUUCUUGCUUCUUUGCUGAAAUCCCCACUUCCUAAAACGACUGGAAGUACUGUUUCUAUCGGAUCUGUGGACAUGUCUUCGCUAAAUGCAGGACUCCAAAGCCCUCGCGCUAAGUUUUGGAGUUACAGUGGAAGUUUAACUACUCCUCCAUGCACAGAAAAUGUUGCCUGGUCUGUGUUGGACGAACCCCUUCUCAUGUCUGUUGGGCAGUAUCUAAAGCUUAAAGAAUUAGUGCUUUACAAUUCGCGUAUUACUGCUCCUGUUGGAGCUCCCAACAUGAUUCCUCCAGGCUCCUUUAAUGCUGCCGGUUUUUCUAGUACUGAAAAUCAUAGCGGAAAUUCUGACAAUGAAAAACGAAGUGGUGACUCGAGCAAACCAGAAGAGCUAAAUACGCAAGCCAAGGCAAUGUACUCUAGCCAGGCUGGUCAGGUUUCGUCGGGUGCAUUGUCGCGAUUUGCUCGUACAACGUCCAACACCCUCAUGCCAAUAGGAGUUGCUCUUUUCUUUGGAGCCUUUUUUAUGAUAUGAUUAUAGUAACGCUUCUCUCCUUAUCUACAUCUGUAUCUCAACCUACGGGUUUUUUACUGUCACAUUCACGUAAAUGAAACUGAAUAAAUAUUUCAGAAUAUACACU